CCCGCGCGGGUGAAGGCGCUGGUGAAGGCGGACCCGGACGUCACCCUGGCCAGCCAGGAGGCCGUGUUCGUGCUGGCGCGGGCUGCGAAGGUGCCCUGGGAGCCCCUGGUGUGGAGUGGUUUACAGGAACCCACCUUCCCAGCUUUCUCCCUCAGUGCUUGUCCUGUGCAUCACUGUCCAGCCAUUUCCUUCGGUGUUUUCAGACCUGUUUACUGGGAAGGGGAGCUGUUUGUUGAAACCAUAGCCAAAGAUGCUUACGUGUAUGCCCAGCAAGGAAAAAGGAAAACCCUGCAAAGAAAAGACCUGGAUAAUGCCAUUGAAGCUAUUGAUGAAUUUGCUUUUUUGGAGGGUACUUUGGACUGAGCUGGACAGAGACAGAGCUCUCUGGAGAAAGAGACUGCAGAGGUGGUGUGAGAUGGAAAACAGGAUGCUGAGAGUUCAAAAAUAAUUCCUAGAAUUGAGACACUGAAAUUGAGACAUGGCAACCAUGAUAUUUUGUAUAAAGUUGAAGUUGUUGUAAAUGUUUUAUUUAAAAUGCAUAUUUUUUAAUAACUGUUUUGUAUGUCCCUUCCCAUGUGGCUGCAGUGCAGCUCUCUGCUCUGGCCAGGUUACACAGCAGUUACUCCCAGCAGCAGUCCCAGCCUCUCUGGUACUCUGCAGCACCACAGAGCUGUGAACAGAGAGUGGCUUGGCUCAGGUGCCCAGGCACAAGGAAUUUUUUUUAUGGAAGUGUGGGUUUUG